CCUCCUUCCCCAAAUCUCAGUUACGUUAUUCCUUUCGGUAAAUGCAUAAAUUCUCUCCCAACUGUUUCAACUUUAGAACCAUACAUAAGUUUCCCACUUAUUCUCUCAUUUAAGGCCAAGAUUAGCUUUUCCUGAACGCAAUCUUCUAUAUCAGCUCAGAAUUUCCCCAUAUAUAUCUAACACACUGAUCCAUAUGAGCCCCAGAAACCCAUGUUCUAAGAGCUAAAUGGUCAGUGAAAUGAGGACGUCGAGGAUGACGAAGAGUGUGAAUGCGGCGGCGGCCAUCACGGUGGCGCUGCUCAUUUGCGCGCCCUGGUGCAUUUACUCAGAGCAGCCGCGCCGGCUCAUGGUGAACAUGACCAUCGUCCGGAACGCCUCUUCUCUCGGAGCUUUUUGCUUGGACGGGAGUUUGCCUGCUUAUCACAUUCACAGGGGGUUCGGCGCCGGAGCAAGAAACUGGCUUUUACAGUUUGAGGGUGGAGGUUGGUGCAAUGACAUAGAGUCAUGCUUGGAGAGGGCCAAAACAAGAAGAGGUUCUACACGCCUCAUGAGCAAGUGGGAAGUCUUUUCUGGGAUUCUAAGCAAUAAUGCCUCUCUUAAUCCAGAUUUUUACAAUUGGAACCGUGUGAAGAUUCGGUACUGUGAUGGAGCUUCAUUUGCGGGAGAUGCGGUAUAUAUGAAUGGGACAUCGUUGCUCUAUUUCAGAGGGCAAAAGAUUUGGGAAGCCAUUAUUCUUGAUCUUCUGCCCAAAGGUUUAGGAACGGCGCAUAAGGCUUUGUUAUCAGGCUGCUCUGCCGGGGGGUUAGCAGCAUUUUUACAUUGCGACGACUUCACGAAGUAUGUACCAAGUAAUGCCAGUGUAAAAUGCUUGAGUGAUGCUGGUUUCUUUCUCGAUGAAAGAGACAUAGCUUUGAAUCACACAAUGAGGUCUUUCUACAAAGACCUUGUCUCUCUACAGGGUGUACAAAAGAAUCUGGAUAAGAACUGCACCGGAUCCCAUCCUUUACCUGAGUUGUGUAUUUUCCCACAAUAUGCAUUGAGAUUCAUCACCCCGCCAUUUUUCAUCUUGAACUCGGGUUAUGAUGUUUACCAGUUCCAUCAUGGAUUGGUGCCGCCUUCAGCGGAUCCGCGUGGACACUGGAACCGUUGUAAACUGGAUCCAGCAGCAUGCAAUCCUUCCCAGUUAAAUGUAUUGCAAGGUUUCAGGCGCGACAUGCUUGUUGCUUUGGCAUUGUUCUACAAGUACUCGGCGAGAGGAGGCAUGUACAUCAACUCAUGCUUUGCUCACUGCCAAAGUGAGUCCCAGGACACAUGGUUUGGGGUUGAUUCUCCAAGAAUACACAACAAGACCAUUGCAGAAGCAGUAGGUGACUGGUACUUCAGCAGAAGGCUAACUAAUAAGGAAGUUGACUGUGCAUACCCUUGUGACACUACCUGCCAUAACCUCAUACCAGCAAACACAAGCUCAGGUAUUUCCUUCAUGAAUUUUAACAUUCUACAUAUACUAUUGUUAGUGGAGGAAUUGAUCUGA